UGGACCAUGACGUCAAGGUAGGCGGGCGGCGGCAGGUGCGGGGCUGACAGGCAUCCUCCUUUAGAGCGGAGGGAUCCGGGGGCGGGCAGCUGGGCUGUGCUUCGCCUUAUAUAGAGCGACUGGGGGCACACAGCCGCUCUCUUGAGUCACCCCCGCGCAGCCCCAUUGUGGCGUGUGAGCCGGCCACAGUCUGCCCACCUUGCUCUGAGGUCUUUGCCAUCCUUCACCGUUAAGAUGCCUGAGGAAGUGCACCAUGGAGAGGAGGAGGUGGAGACUUUCGCCUUUCAGGCGGAAAUUGCGCAGCUCAUGUCUCUCAUCAUCAAUACCUUCUAUUCAAACAAGGAAAUUUUCCUUCGGGAGUUGAUCAGUAAUGCGUCUGAUGCCUUGGACAAGAUUCGCUAUGAGAGCCUGACAGACCCUUCCAAGUUGGACAGUGGUAAAGAGUUGAAAAUUGACAUCAUCCCCAACCCCCAGGAACGCACCCUGACACUGGUGGACACAGGCAUUGGUAUGACCAAAGCUGAUCUCAUAAAUAAUUUGGGAACCAUUGCCAAGUCUGGUACUAAAGCAUUUAUGGAGGCUCUUCAGGCUGGUGCAGACAUCUCCAUGAUUGGACAAUUUGGUGUUGGUUUUUAUUCUGCUUACCUGGUGGCAGAGAAAGUGGUUGUGAUCACAAAGCACAAUGAUGAUGAGCAGUAUGCCUGGGAGUCUUCUGCUGGGGGUUCCUUUACUGUGCGUGCUGACCAUGGUGAGCCCAUUGGCCGGGGUACCAAAGUGAUUCUCCACCUUAAAGAAGACCAGACAGAGUACUUAGAGGAGAGGCGGGUCAAAGAAGUGGUGAAGAAGCACUCACAGUUCAUAGGUUAUCCCAUCACCCUUUAUUUGGAGAAAGAACGAGAGAAAGAAAUCAGUGAUGACGAGGCAGAGGAAGAAAAAGGUGAGAAAGAAGAGGAAGAUAAAGAUGAGGAGGAAAAGCCCAAGAUCGAAGAUGUGGGCUCAGAUGAGGAGGAUGAUAGUAGUAAGGAUAAGAAAAAGAAAACAAAGAAGAUUAAGGAGAAAUAUAUUGAUCAGGAAGAACUGAACAAGACUAAGCCCAUUUGGACCAGAAACCCUGAUGACAUCACCCAGGAGGAAUAUGGAGAGUUCUACAAGAGUCUUACCAAUGACUGGGAAGACCACUUGGCAGUCAAGCACUUUUCUGUAGAAGGUCAGUUGGAAUUCAGGGCAUUACUAUUCAUUCCCCGUCGGGCUCCUUUUGACCUCUUUGAGAACAAGAAGAAGAAGAACAACAUCAAACUCUAUGUGCGCCGUGUGUUCAUCAUGGACAGCUGUGAUGAGUUGAUACCAGAGUAUCUCAACUUCAUUCGUGGUGUGGUUGACUCUGAAGACCUGCCCCUGAACAUCUCCCGAGAAAUGCUCCAGCAGAGCAAAAUCUUGAAGGUCAUUCGCAAAAACAUUGUUAAGAAGUGCCUUGAGCUCUUCUCUGAGUUGGCGGAAGACAAGGAGAACUACAAGAAAUUCUAUGAGGCAUUCUCUAAAAACCUAAAGCUUGGAAUCCAUGAGGACUCGACUAAUCGGCGACGCCUUUCUGAGCUGCUGCGCUAUCACACCUCCCAGUCUGGAGAUGAGAUGACUUCUCUUUCAGAAUAUGUCUCUCGCAUGAAGGACACCCAGAAGUCCAUCUAUUACAUCACUGGUGAGAGCAAAGAGCAGGUUGCCAACUCUGCUUUUGUGGAGCGAGUACGGAAGCGGGGCUUCGAGGUGGUAUACAUGACAGAGCCUAUUGACGAGUACUGCGUGCAGCAGCUCAAGGAGUUUGAUGGGAAGAGCCUGGUCUCAGUUACCAAGGAGGGCCUGGAGCUGCCUGAGGAUGAGGAAGAGAAGAAGAAAAUGGAGGAGAGCAAGGCCAAGUUUGAGAACCUCUGCAAACUCAUGAAAGAAAUCUUGGAUAAGAAGGUUGAGAAGGUGACAAUCUCCAAUAGGCUUGUGUCUUCACCCUGCUGCAUUGUGACCAGCACGUAUGGCUGGACAGCCAACAUGGAGCGGAUCAUGAAAGCCCAGGCACUUCGGGACAACUCGACAAUGGGCUACAUGAUGGCCAAAAAGCACCUGGAGAUCAACCCCGACCACCCCAUUGUGGAGACGCUGCGACAGAAGGCAGAGGCAGACAAGAAUGACAAGGCUGUCAAGGACCUGGUGGUGCUGCUAUUUGAAACUGCACUGCUCUCUUCUGGCUUCUCACUUGAGGAUCCCCAGACCCACUCCAAUCGCAUCUACCGCAUGAUCAAACUAGGCCUAGGUAUUGAUGAAGAUGAAGUAACAGCAGAGGAACCCAGUGCUGCUGUCCCUGAUGAGAUCCCUCCCCUUGAGGGUGAUGAGGAUGCCUCUCGCAUGGAAGAAGUAGAUUAGGCGUUUCUACUUGCAGACGUUGUGUGCUCUGUAUAGUGUCCCUAUGGCUCCCCCAGCGGCGCCAAGUGGCCCUGGCCCACCUGGUUCCCUCUGCUGAUGUCUAGUGGUUUUUUUUUUUCCUCUCCUGUCUUUCUGUCUAAGGCAGGAUACAAGGGCCCUAACCCUUCCCACAUUUGACAUCAGGUUUGGAUGUUGUGUAUUGUGGUGGGUUUUAUUUUGUUCUGGAAUUAAAGUAUGCAAAAUAAAGAAGAUGCAGUUUUAUACA